CUGGCGCCCCCGCUCACCUGCUCCACCAUCCUGCCAUGGCUGAUACUCCCUGGUGGUUUCCACUUGAGUGGCACAGUAACAGAACCUGCAAUACAAUCGGAGCCAGAAACUGUUUGCAACGUGGCCAUCAGCUUUGAUCGUUGCAAGAUUACCUCAGUGACCUGCAGCUGUGGAAACAAGGACAUAUUUUAUUGUGCCCAUGUUGUGGCACUGUCUUUAUACCGCAUUCGCAAGCCAGAUCAGGUCAAAUUACAUCUUCCCAUUUCAGAAACUCUCUUUCAAAUGAAUAGAGACCAACUACAAAAGUUUGUACAGUAUUUGAUCACAGUGCACCACACAGAAGUUUUGCCAACUGCUCAGAAAUUAGCAGAUGAAAUUCUAUCCCAGAAUUCAGAAAUUAACCAAGUUCAUGGUGCUCCUGAUCCAACAGCAGGUGCUAGUAUAGAUGAUGAAAACUGCUGGCACUUAGAUGAAGAGCAGGUUCAAGAACAGGUUAAACUGUUCCUUUCCCAGGGCGGGUACCACGGAUCAGGGAAGCAGCUUAAUUUGCUCUUUGCAAAGGUUCGGGAGAUGCUGAAGAUGAGGGACUCUAAUGGGGCCCGCAUGUUGACCUUGAUAACAGAGCAAUUCAUGGCUGAUCCUCGUCUGUCACUUUGGAGGCAACAAGGCACUGCGAUGACUGACAAAUACAGGCAGCUCUGGGAUGAACUGGGUGCUCUGUGGAUGUGUAUAGUUUUAAAUCCCCACUGCAAGUUGGAACAGAAGGCCAGUUGGCUAAAACAGCUGAAAAAGUGGAACAGUGUUGAUGUCUGUCCAUGGGAAGAUGGAAAUCAUGGCAGUGAAUUACCCAACUUAACCAACGCUCUGCCUCAGGGUGCAAAUGUCAACCAAGAUUCAUCGAACAGGCCACAUCGGACAGUGUUCACCCGAGCCAUCGAGGCAUGCGAUCUCCACUGGCAGGAUAGCCACUUGCAGCACAUUAUCAGCAGUGACCUAUACACCAACUACUGUUACCAUGACGACACUGAAAACUCCCUCUUUGACUCCCGUGGGUGGCCCCUCUGGCAUGAACAUGUCCCUACAGCCUGUGCAAGAGUGGACGCAUUACGUUCUCAUGGGUACCCCAGAGAAGCAUUGAGACUGGCAAUAGCUAUUGUUAACACGUUAAGGCGGCAGCAACAGAAACAAUUGGACAUGUUCCGAACUCAAAAAAAAGAGCUACCCCAUAAAAGCAUAACCUUGAUAACCAAUCUGGAGGGCUGGGUUGGACACCCUCUGGACCCUGUAGGCACUCUUUUCAGCAGCCUUAUGGAAGCCUGCCACAUGGACGAUGAAAGCUUCCCUGGAUUCUCCAAUUUCACAGAGAAUAUGGGACAGUGCAAAUCUCUGGAAUACCAGCAUCUACCUGCACACAAAUUCUUAGAAGAAGGGGAAUCCUAUUUAACACUAGCUGUGGAGGUAGCCCUGAUAGGGCUGGGACAGCAGCGUAUCAUGCCUGAUGGGCUGUACACACAAGAGAAGGUUUGCCGGAAUGAGGAGCAGCUCAUUUCUAAACUUCAGGAAAUUGAAUUGGAUGACACACUGGUGAAAAUUUUUCGAAAGCAAGCAGUCUUCCUAUUAGAAGCCGGACCAUAUAGUGGUUUAGGCGAAAUAAUCCAUCGGGAGAGCGUUCCAAUGCACACAUUUGCCAAGUAUCUCUUCACCUCUCUCCUACCUCAUGAUGCUGAAUUGGCAUACAAAAUUGCACUGAGAGCAAUGCGGUUACUAGUAUUGGAAUCUGCUGCUCCAGCAGGAGACCUCACCCGCCCACACCACAUUGCAUCAGUUGUUCCCAACCGAUACCCUCGCUGGUUCACUUUAAGCCACAUAGAAUCCCAGCAGUGUGAGCUGGCGUCCACCAUGCUAACUGCAGCCAAAGGCGAUGUUCGGAGGCUGGAAACAGUAUUAGAAUCCAUCCAGAAAAACAUUCACUCCUCAUCCCACAUCUUCAAGCUUGCCCAGGAUGCAUUUAAAAUAGCAACUCUCAUGGACACUUUGCCAGACAUCACUCUUUUGAAAGUGUCUCUGGAGCUGGGCCUGCAGGUUAUGCGAAUGACACUGUCAACCUUAAAUUGGCGACGGCGGGAGAUGGUCAGAUGGCUGGUAACAUGUGCUACUGAAGUGGGUGUUUAUGCCCUAGACAGCAUCAUGCAGAGCUGGUUUACGCUUUUUACUCCCACCGAGGCCACAAGUAUAGUUGCAACCACGGUGAUGUCCAACAGCACCAUUGUCCGCCUCCACCUGGACUGCCAUCAGCAGGAAAAGCUGGCCAGCAGUGCCCGGACACUCGCAUUGCAGUGUGCCAUGAAGGACCCUCAGAACUGCGCCCUCUCCGCACUCACCCUAUGUGAAAAGGAUCACAUAGCCUUUGAGACGGCGUACCAAAUUGUUCUCGACGCUGCUACCACCGGCAUGAGCUACACCCAGCUCUUCACGAUAGCACGGUACAUGGAGCACCGCGGGUACCCCAUGAGGGCCUACAAGCUGGCCACCCUGGCCAUGACCCAUCUCAACCUGAGCUACAAUCAGGACACGCACCCUGCCAUUAAUGACGUUUUGUGGGCCUGUGCGCUCAGCCACUCCCUCGGUAAAAACGAGCUUGCAGCUAUAAUACCUCUGGUGGUCAAGAGUGUCAAGUGUGCAACGGUACUGUCAGACAUUUUGCGCAGGUGCACUCUGACCACUCCUGGCAUGGUGGGACUUCAUGGAAGGAGGAACUCUGGUAAGCUCAUGUCACUGGACAAAGCCCCCUUGAGGCAGCUCCUGGAUGCCACGAUCGGGGCCUACAUCAACACAACGCACUCGCGACUCACCCACAUCAGUCCUCGGCACUAUAGUGAGUUUAUAGAGUUCCUCAGCAAGGCCCGAGAGACCUUCCUAAUGGCGCAUGACGGACACAUUCAGUUUACGCAGUUUAUUGACAACCUGAAACAAAUCUACAAAGGCAAAAAGAAACUGAUGAUGUUGGUUCGGGAGAGGUUUGGUUGA